AUGAGUGAUACAGCCAAGCAGCUGGGCAAUGAUACAGCAAAAGCAUUCUACUCAAAUCCUAGUCACCAUCACUCACUCACUUACAUGAGAUGUGGUUUUAGUGGCACCCCAUUACCUCACCGGCCCACACGUCCCUCGCCGUCGCCGCUUCUGCGGUUUCUCUCGUCGCCUCGCCGUCGCCCGUCGUUGAGUCGCUCGUGCGGUAGCAGAGCGCCUUUGGCGUCGAGGCUCCUGAACCGAGUCCGCACCGUCUCUGCUCGUCUGAAGGAUCGGCAGACGCUAUCGCAAUCCAUCACUGCGUGCACUUCUUCAAGGCUCCUCUCCGACGUCGCUUCUCGGCCUCUUCCUUGGACCGCGACCGGCGAUUCUCCUCCUGCUUCCGCCUCGCCAGGUCCUCGAUCCUCCGGAAGCUCCGGGAAGUUCGAGCAUAAUGCGAACAGUUCGUCCGUUCGCUCGUCUCUGAAGGAUCCCGAGCUGCUGGACUUUGAGGUAGCUUCCAUCACAUUAAUAUCAAUAAUAUGGACACAAGUGAUUAGUGGCGGUGAUGUAGCAGUGGGAAUGCAGCACCAUAGAUUGAAGCUUGAUGAAAUGUCCUUUUUGACAAAUAUGCUGGUCUGCAACCUCAAGACUGCUGGUUUUGCUAUAUGAGCAAUAUGAGGACUUGACUUGGCCUGUUCCAAUGACGAGGCUUGUUUUGUGCGGUGUUAGUUUUUUUAGUGCAGAUGGUUUGAGUCA